CUCAAGAGUUAACGUUCAUCCCUUUUAGACUCAUAAAAUAUAAAGCUCAAUAUUGCUCAUAUAGUGUAUAUUUGUAUAUGUAAAGUGUAGACCACAACAUAUAGACGCCUAAUUUAGAUAAAUUUCAUACAUUAUGAUGGAUGAAAACUUGAAAGGAAGGUCAUUUCCAGCCUAUGAUAAUUGCUAAGAGACUAAGUCAAUUUACACAAACACAACAAUUCAUUAACCCAUACCAUUGUCAUAAAUUUUUGUUAGGUGAAUACUUCUAUACUAAUCGUAAGAUAAUUGUCUUAGUUGCAUGUAUUUUUGUUAAGGGUCAACUAUAACUACGUGUUGAUUGUUAUGUUUUAUUCAUUAUAUAAAUUGUGAAUUGUUGCAUUAACCGGAAAAUUUUCAUCGUCAAUGAUAAUGCGAUUUUAUAUUGGUUAAUCUGGUUAACCAAUUAACCAAACCGAUUAAACUUUAGUUUGAUUAAUUUGGUUGUUGUAUUAGUUUGGACGGUUUGGUUAUGAUAUUGUAUUCCAUGAUUAAUGGAAUUUAGUCUUAUUUGGUUUGGUUAUAACCAUGGUAACCAUUUGAACACCCCUACCUAACCCAUCCCCACUGAACCGUUCUCCUUCCUUGUCCAGUUGUCCGCGUCGCUUGUUCUACCGCCGCCGUUGCCUUGCCGUUGCCGCCAUACAAACCGGCGUCUCCUGUCCUCUCACAAUCGAUUUCCAAUCCUCCCCCAUUACAAGUAACCUUUCCCUUUCUGUAAUCCAUCACACUUCAAAACACAAAUCCCCAAAAUUGACAGCAGGAGAACGGUGGCGAAAAGCACAACAACAAGUCAGCGAGGCAAGUCCCCUUACUGUUGGACUUAUCAGGUUGAAAGAUCUCCUUUCGGCCACAAGUAGACAACAAGGAACAGGGGAUUCGGCACCGAAGAUGCUUUCAAGUCCACUUCUUGGUUUUGGUUUUUGGACUUAUCAGGUCGAAUGAUCUCCUUUCGGCCCAGGAGCUCUGUUGUUUCCCAAACCAUCUGUUCCACUUCCCCGAUCGAGUCUAAGUAACGGGACAACAGAGGAGAGGCGAAAACAGAGUAUAUAUAAACCACCUCUCUGGAUCUCUCUUCUUCACUCUCUCACUCGCCUAUCUAUCCAAAAUCAUAUUCAUGAACAUAGUAAAGCUAAUAGAAGAAGAAGAAGAAGAAACACCACUGCCAAAAAUGCUUUCUCCUCGCCGCUCCGAUCAUACCCCAAAAACAGUGGAUACUCUGUUUUCUUCAGCCUCCCUGCAUCUGCAGAGGCAAAAGACCCGCAUUGACAACUUUUUCAGGAACCAGAACCCAGAUACCCAGCCAGAGCAAGAUUUUUCCAUUGCAGAUAUAAUUAGAUUUGCGGCAGAAAAGUUCAUAGAUUCUAUUACGGAACCGACCGACCCACCAUCCGGAAACUCCGACGACGACGAUGAUGAGGUGACCAACGACGUCGAACUCAUACACCAGCUUCUGCGUGCAGCCGAUGAAUUGGACCACAAGCAGUACGAGCAAGCGACCCACUUCCUAAACCUCUGUGAUUUCUCGUCUUCCAGGACAGGUAAUCUCGCACAGCGAAUCACCCACUACUUCGUCCAAGCUCUUCGCGAAAAGCUCCGUAAAGAAACCGGCAGCGGAACCCACCCGAUAGCCGAUCUCAUGAACCGUUUCCAACGAUUGAACGUCGAGGAAACAAUGACUGCUAUAUCCCCUAUAGUCGUGGUCUUGUACGAGAAAAUCCCCUUCUUCCAAGUCGGACAGCUAGCCGGAGUUCAAGCAAUCGUGGAAAGCGUAGAGAAGGCCAAGAGGAUUCACAUAAUCGACCUCAGAAUCAGAAACGGGAUGCAAUGGACGGCCCUGAUGCAGGCUUUAUCCACCGCCUCCAAAGGAAAACGACGCCGUCGUCGUGCACCGGAGAUUCUGAAAAUCACAGCCAUCGUCACCAUUUCGGAAAAUUUGGUCCGGGGAACAGGGGAAAGGCUCACAAAGUUCGCCGAGUCGAUGGAGAUACCCUUUGAAUUUAACACCAUAGUGGUAUCAAGCUUCACCGAACUCGACGAGGCGCAAUUCGACCUCGAUCCCAGAGAAACCGUGGCUGUUUACGGCGAGUACGCAUUACAGGGUCUGGUUUCAGAUCCGAAUGAAUUGGAGGCACUGACGGAAGUUUUGAAGAAAAUCAGUCCUAGCAUAAUGGUGGUGCUUGAAUCAGAAGUGAACCUCAAUUCCUCUAACUUCGCUCGCCGGUUCGUCGAAAUGUUGUUCCACUAUGGGGCAUACUUCGACUGUCUCGAUGCUUGCUUGGAUUCAUCGUGCGAUGAUGGUGGCGGCGGGACUGGGGAGAGGGGCUUGAUUGAGUCGAUGUUCUUGAACAAGAUUACGGAUCUUUUGGUGAAGGAAGGGGAAGAAAUGCUGAGGGUGGUGACGGUUGAUGUGUGGAGGAAGUUCUUUGGGCAGUUCUCGGUGUGGGAAGUGGGGUUGAGCUCGUCGGCCAUGGAGACUGUGAAUCUGUUGCUGGGGAGGUUUGUGAAGGGCAAGUGUUGUACGUUGGAUAUGGAUGGGAGGUGUUUGAUUGUUGGAUGGAAAGGGACUCCCAUUUUCUCGCUUUCCACUUGGAAGUUCCUCCAUUGAAACUGGCCCAAAGAUAUACUGCUCUGUUUUAUGAUGUGUGACAUUGAGUAAUUUACUCAUUUUAUUAUGCAACUAGAUAAGUGGCUCGUGAAUUGGUUUACCAAAAAAUUGUAUAUAUUAUUUAGAAGUGAAUGUGGAUGCUGUUUGAGAACAAAAACUUCUCAAUAAUCAUUAACUUUUGAC